AUGAAUUUGGGCGAAAUGGGUGGAUAUGUUUUGCGUAUUUCGGAACUUGUUGAUGCUGCGAAAUUGAAAAAUGAUGGUUGUGGAGGAUGCGAUAAUCAAGCAUUGGAAAUUGCUGACAAACUAACAGGAAGAAAUAUUGAAAAUCAAGAAACUACAAAGAAUUUGUUGGAAGUUGAACAUUUGUUGAUUACACCGCCUACUAAUCCACAUGUUGCUAUUAUUAAUAGUGAGUUUUUUGGGGAGCGGAAGAUCUAAAAUUUGUCAAAAAUGACCGAUAACUAGGUGACAUUUAAAAAAUUCACAAAAUUUGUUUUGAAAUUAGUUCAAAAAGUCUCUCUUGAAUAUUCAAGAUCAACAAUUAAAUGUUAUACAAGCCGGCUAUAUAUCAAGUCAUGGCUUAAUUGAGUAACCCCAAGCCGGCUUACGUCAAGCCGGCUGAUUUUUGGCUUGUGGUAUUGUUUUCAAUCCUGUCUUCGUUGGAUGGUGCAAUUGGUUUGAUUGGUUAGUUUUUUCAAUUCCAUCAAUUCAUAUCAGCCACCAUGUUCACCAAACAGAUUAAUCCACCAUCUAAACGAACACCAAAACCAUACAUGAAAAACCACCCACUCACAGCGAACUUUCUGUCAGCAUGACUUGCAAACAAGCUGGCAAGCCAGGCUUGUACUUGCGAGCCACAAACGAAAAACCAGCCAGUGCUUUCCGGCUUGUCGAGUUUUUAAUAAUUUGUGGCGUGUUAUCAAGUCGACUUUUAUGAAAUCUACUUGUUUGACUCAGUUUUUCGAGCCAGGCUUUUCUGAAAAAGCCGAAGGCUGCGUAGCAACAAGAAUGAAGACAGGAGUUAGCAGGUCGUUUCAUUCUUGUGUUAAUGUAAUUCUUGAAAUUGUGAAAACUUUUAGAAUGUAAAUUGUUUUAGGAUUUUACGAGGAUUGCAAAAAAAUUUCGAAAAGUUUUUCUGGAAGGAAUCUUGAAACCAGAUUUCUGAGUACAAUAUUCUGGAAAAAUUAGUUUUCUAAAAAGAUUUUCUAGAGAUUUUCACAAUAUUCCAUAUUUUACAGCUCGAAAAUCUACUCUAAAACCCCAUCAUUUUCCAGAUCUCACCUUCGAACUUCCACUCAAUCAAUCUCUUCUAAUCACUGGUGAAUCAGGUGUCGGAAAAACGUCAAUUCUUCGAGCAAUUUCUGGACUUUGGCCACAUCAAGGAAUUUUACGAAAAGGCUUCGAGUCGGCCUAUUUUCUACCUCAACGGCCAUAUUUUCCGGUUGGUCGAUUAAGUUUGAAACAGCAACUUGUAUUCCCGAACACUUUUACUAAUACUUCGACAAUUAUUGAUGAGCAAAUUGUGAAAUUAUUGCAUGAGUUGAAAUUGGCACAUUUAUUGACUUUGGUUGGACAUUUGGAGGAUUCUGUUGAUUUUGAAUGGUGAGCGGAGAUUUUGGAAAAUAUUUUUAUUCAAUACAAAAAUUAUGAUAUAGAUUUAUCAAAAAUUAUUAAAACAAUGAAAAUGUUUUAGAAAAUCAUCAUUUUUCACUUCAUAAAUUCUGGAUUUUUUCCAAAUUAAAAAAAUCGUAUAUCGAAAGUAUAUUUUCACUUAUUCAUUAGAGUUUCAUGAAAUUAUUUUUAAAAAAUUCCAAAAUUGUUUCGUAAUUUGGAAAAUCAACUUGAAAAAUAUCAACAUGAAAACGAUUGAAUUUAUAGUUUUUAUAUUAAUCAGAAAUUUUUUGAAAGUAUUUUUUUUUGACAGAAAAUUUCAAUUUCUGAAAAUUGAAAAACAAAUUUCAGGCAAGAAACCCUUUCGCCUGGUGAACAACAACGUCUCGUAUUUGCUCGAAUGAUUUUAUCGAAUCCCUCAGUCGUAUUUUUGGACGAAGCAUCUUGUAAUGUUGAUGAACAGUUGGAGCAAAAAAUGUUUGAGAUUUUGCAAAGAUCAAAUAUCAAUUAUAUAACUGUUGGACAUCGACAAUCACUUCGAUCUUAUCAUAAUUAUGAAUUGAGAAUUCCGUCGGCUAAUUCUUUUGUUUUCCAUCAAAUUGCGCGAGUUUGAGAGAUAUUUUGUUAAUUAGUCAAAUUUUUUUUGAAAUGAAAUAUAGAGCUUUUUUUGAAGGCGGAGAACAAUAAAUCAAAAAUACGCGCAGAGCAAUGAUAUUCAAAACUCAUUUGUUUUUUUAAUGAAAAGUUUACAAUAGCUUCAAGUAAACCAGAUGCGCAGAAAGCAGCUUUUGAGAAUAUUAUUCUUCCAUUUUGAAAUGUCUUUUAAACCCAAUUACCAUCCAAAUGGAAGUCCCUUGUUAUUGGACAAUUUCGAAACCAAAACCUUGUUUCAAAUUUACAUUUGAUUGACCUUGAACACUUUACUUUUUCCGAUUUUCCCAGGGGCUUUUUCAAAAAACCUAUUGUUCCCGAAUAAAAUCGAUAUUUUGCUUUCUGCGUCUCUUGUAAAUGACUCAUGUUAGAAAAAAAAACAAAUCAGUUUUUCUUGUCUUAACUUUUCCUCCUAACCUUUCAUAAUUGUUUUUAUACAGAAUGAGGCUCAUUGUUCGGGUUAUAAUAUUUCUUGCAAUUCUCACUGCCUUGAUCUCAGCUGCUUCGAUUGAUAACAAAUUGAGAAAAAUCGGCUGCAAUGUUUGGGUAUGUUUCAUUUUUAAAGUGCAAAAAAUUGCUUUAAGAUUUUUUUAGACCUACAAUUGCAAGUACAAAUCAAACGAUGCUAAUAAAAUUUUCUGCGAAAUGACUUGUGAUAAAUCGAAUAUUGUUCCGUAUCUCAGAAUGUAUUCAAUUGGUUUCAUAACUGUUUUUAUCAAAGUGAUUGUUUCGAAUUGGACAGGUAUGGUUAGAUUGGAAAUGAUUGAGGAGUUGGAAGCGGAAUUGGGAUAA